AUGAGUCAACUUGGUGGUCCUGGUUCUCGACAGGCCAAUUCCAAGCCUAUACCUCCUCAACGUGGCAGUUUCCCACUUGAUCAUGAUGGCGAAUGCAAGCAUGUCAUAGCCACCUAUCUUGAGUGCAUCAAGAAAGUACGAGGGUUAAAUGACGCUGAAUGCCGCGACCUGGCUAAAUCCUACCUUGCAUGUCGGAUGGAUCGGAAUCUCAUGGCCAAGGACGAGUUCAGGAAUCUGGGCUUCGACAAUGGACCAAAAACGGCAAAAGACACCAAUGACCUGACUCUAAGCCAAGUUCAGGGCCAAGGAAAUGGUAGCAAGGACCAGGACGCAAAGCCCGGUGAAUUACGAUGGUGA